UGCGUCACCGGGGAGUUCCUUAAAGGGGAAGUGAGCGGGGCUCCGGGACAGGAGCAGGGUGCGGUGGUCGGCGGGGCAGGCCCCCAGCGCUUUAAAAGAAUGCCCGCGGCGCCCGCGCGACCAUGCAAUGGCGAGCGCUCGUCCUGGGGCUGGUGCUCCUCCGGCUUGGCCUCCAUGGGGUGCUGUGGCUCGUCUUCGGGCUGGGGCCCAGCAUGGGCUUCUACCAGCGCUUUCCGCUCAGCUUCGGCUUCCAGCGCCUGACGGGCCCCGACAGCCCCGCGGCGCCCGCCUCGGGGCCAGCGGGCCGGCCCGGCGCGGCGGCGGGGCCGGCGUGGCUGCAGCAGCCGGUGCACGGGGAGGCGGCGGAGCGGCGCCGGGCUCCGCGGCGGGCCCGGCCCGGCGUGUGCGGCCCGGCUCACUGGGGCUACGCGCUGGGCGGCCGGGGCUGCGGGCCGGACGAGUACGAGAAGCGCUACAGCGGCGCCUUCCCGCCGCAGCUGCGCGCCCAGAUGCGGGACCUGGCGCGGGGCAUGUUCGUGUUCGGCUACGACAACUACAUGGCGCACGCCUUUCCCCAGGACGAGCUCAACCCCAUCCACUGCCGCGGCCGGGGGCCCGACCGCGGGGACCCUUCAAAUCUGAACAUCAAUGAUGUCCUAGGGAACUACUCAUUGACUCUUGUUGAUGCGUUGGAUACACUUGCAAUAAUGGGAAAUUCAUCCGAGUUCCAGAAAGCAGUCAAGUUAGUGAUCAACACAGUUUCAUUUGACAAAGAUUCCACCGUCCAAGUCUUUGAGGCCACAAUAAGGGUCCUGGGAAGCCUCCUUUCUGCCCACAGAAUAAUCACUGACUCCAAGCAGCCCUUUGGCGACAUGACAAUUAAGGAUUAUGAUAAUGAAUUGUUGCACAUGGCUCAUGACCUGGCUGUGCGGCUCCUCCCUGCCUUUGAAAACACCAAGACAGGGAUCCCCUAUCCUCGGGUGAAUCUAAAGACAGGUGUGCCUCCUGACAGCAAUAAUGAGACGUGCACGGCAGGAGCUGGUUCCCUCCUGGUGGAGUUUGGGAUUCUGAGCCGACUGCUGGGGGAUUCCACAUUUGAGUGGGUGGCCCGGCGAGCAGUGAAAGCCCUUUGGAACCUCCGGAGCAAUGAUACAGGAUUGUUAGGCAAUGUUGUGAACAUUCAGACAGGCCAUUGGGUUGGAAAGCAGAGUGGCUUGGGUGCCGGACUGGAUUCCUUCUAUGAAUACCUCUUGAAAUCUUACAUUCUCUUUGGAGAAAAAGAAGACCUAGAAAUGUUUAAUGCUGCAUAUCAGAGUAUUCAGAACUACUUAAGAAGAGGCCGGGAAGCCUGUAACGAAGGGGAAGGAGACCCUCCGCUCUAUGUCAACGUGAACAUGUUCAGUGGGCAGCUGAUGAACACUUGGAUUGACUCUCUGCAGGCCUUCUUCCCUGGACUGCAGGUUCUGAUAGGAGAUGUGGAAGAUGCCAUCUGCCUCCAUGCCUUUUACUAUGCCAUCUGGAAGCGAUACGGGGCCCUCCCUGAGCGGUAUAACUGGCAGCUACAGGCCCCUGACGUGCUCUUCUACCCGCUGAGACCAGAGUUAGUGGAAUCGACGUAUCUCCUCUACCAGGCAACCAAGAAUCCCUUCUACCUCCAUGUAGGAAUGGAUAUUCUGCAGAGUCUGGAAAAGUACACAAAAGUCAAGUGUGGGUACGCCACGCUGCAUCACGUCAUAGACAAGUCCAAAGAGGACCGGAUGGAGAGCUUCUUCCUCAGCGAGACCUGUAAAUACUUGUAUCUGCUCUUUGAUGAGGAGAAUCCAGUACACAAAUCUGGAACCAGAUACAUGUUUACAACUGAGGGACACAUUGUAUCUGUGGACAAGCACCUUCGGGAAUCACCCUGGAAGGAAUUCUUUUCUGAAGAGGCAGGGCAGGACCAAGAGGGAAAGUCUGUGCACAGGCCUAAAGCUCAUGAGUUAAAAGUCAUCAACUCCAGCUCCAAUUGCAAUCGGGUUCCUGACGAGAGGAGGUACUCCCUGCCCUUGAAGAGCAUCUACAUGCGGCAGAUUGACCAGAUGGUGGGCUUGAUCUGACCGGCUCUCCUCUGUGUGGCCUCCUCUGAAACCGGACCCGAACAGCUGAGCCCAGGCCGAGAUCCAGUCUAACGUGGAAGAAGUUGGGAGUCUGGCCGUCCACGGUGGUGUAGGAAUUUCUGUCUAGCUCCUCACCCACAUCUAGUAGUCAAAUCUUGCAUAUUUUAGUAUUUCUGUUCUGUUCAAUAAAAUGCCCUGUUUUUCUUAAGGAUCUAAUUUGAAGUGAGAAGCUCCAUAGAAGUUGGCUUCUAUGACAUGCCCAUGUUAUUAAGCCCAGUGGAUGGGGCAGCCUUGGAUUGAUCUUCUUCAUUGCUUCGUACCCUGGAAUCCAACUGGUCUCUUCCCGUGGCUGGCACUCGCCGUGACUGUAGUAUUGCUCCCCCUCUGUUAGAGGAUUGGGGGUGGAAUUCUGUGCAAACGGGCCUGAGGGUCACUUGGCAUCCCUGUUGAUUGCAUUUUGUCAUCCUUUCUCUCUCUUAUCGGAUAAUUGGGCUCUCUCCUGGAUAUCCACCCGUGAUUUUGAAUCACAUGGGGAAAAAAUCAUCCAGUUAUUUAUUUGCACCCCCAAUAAUCUUCAUAGGGUUGUGGACUAUUUGCUUAUGAAUGAUGGCUUUAUCCGAAGUCUAACAGGCAGUCUCUUACUUUGUCACAUCAGGAUUUAAGAGGUUAACUGGCAGACUUUUUGGAUGAUGUUUUACAUUUAUCUGGAACUCGCCUGAGGAACUUCCAUAGUUCUAGAACCAGGUGCAUUUUAGGGAGAGAAAAAUACCUAAGAUUUCCUGAGCUUCCAUCUGUCUCAUAUUUACUAACCAAGGAUUCUCAAUUCUGACCAUGUUUGGGUUAGAAUUUUGUUUUGUUUUUGUUUCCUGUGACUAGUGCCAAUUAGCUAAGUCAGGGAGAAAGAAAUGAUCAGAGGAGUUUCUGGCAUCCUCGAGCCAUUUCUCUGUGUAAUACAGGCUUCAGAUGAGUGCCUUAUGUGAUUUUGGUUUGGGCCACUGUGUGUGCCAGCUGCUGCUGUGGUCUUAGCAGGCUGGCUCUAUGUUGCCACAUGGUGGGACCACAGUGAAAGAGGGAUAGGAUGGGUAUUAGUUAGGAAGAUGCUGGAAAUAUCUUGGUCAGUCCUUGCCUUUCAACCUGAUAAUUUUAAGCAAGCAUGUAUAAGGAGGAAGUUGAGUUAAAACACCUUCUUUGUUUUUUGUUACUGUUUUCUUAUCCAGAACACAAGGAUCCCUCUUUGAACUUGAGCUCAGUGCUCAUACAGAGCAGAGGUGGAUUUGAGCCCUACCCUGGCUUCCAUGUAACCUCAGAGGCUGAAAUGAAUCCCAAUAGAAAGGGCAGAAAGUCUCUAAAAAGCCACCAGCCUCACCUGUCAUGUUGCUCACGUGUCACUGCUUGCACACUUCACAUGAUUUCAUUUUAGUCUUUUUAAAACUAGAAGUGCUGUCUAUGCCAUUGCAUCAUCCAUCAAAAGGGAGAAAUUUUAUUCCUUUUGAAAAGUUAGGUGUAACUGUUUUAUAAAAUAGAUAUAUAAUUCAGUUCUUUGAGAUUUUUGAAAAAGGGAUUUUCAGUAAUAAAUGUGUCACUUCUAUCUUUUAAACAUUUACUAUGCAAAUUAUUUUAAAGUAAAGAAGUCAAAUGCUUCUAUUUUACUUUUUUUCUUCAUUUCAGAAGCGGUCUGUUUAUCAACAUUAUCUCAUCUACUGAAUAGAGAAUUUUCUUGGGGAAUACGAUAUAUUUUAAAUGUUUUCAUGGACUCAGUAAAACCAAAAUGUCCCAUGUUAAAUACACAAAAACACACUCACGCACACGAGCGUCCCUGGACCAUUUCUCCAGGCAAAUCGAGGUGGGACUGUAAAUGACCCAGCUGGGAGACUGGGGCACAUCAGAGAAGAAAGUGGGUCCUUUGUGCUUCUGUUUUCUCUCUUGGCACCCUCCUGGUUUCCCUCGCCAGUUUCUGUGACAACACUGAUGUGUAGCACACCAACCUCACCCUCUCAUCGGGGCCCUUAACCUGCCGCGUGCUCGGGCAUUUCUCCCUCCUCCUGCUCUGGAAGGGAUCUGUGCCUGGCAGUGCCCUGGCACCUUAGACGCACCUCAGGGGCUACCAGCUGACGUGAGACAUGUUUUGUAUGAAGUCUCAGACCCUCUUGACUUCCAGGCACUGGACUGGUGCCAUUUGGGGAGUCUCAGGGCGAGCGAGUUACUGCACACUAGAGCUGGUUGUUGAGCUUCCAGACUACCCACUCUAAGGGUUGAUGCUCCCUAGUCAGUCAUUUGUGGGACUCGGUACCAGAGUGCUGUCUAGUGGCAGUCAUAAAAAGAAGGUUCUCUGAGCCAAGUUCAAAGCUUGCUUGUUUUCUUUUUGAAAGUCAGAAUGUCAACAACUGUGAUCCAUCCUUCAGGGCUUUUGCUAUUCCUUCCAGUCUGUGUCGUGAGAUAUCAGGAAGGGCAGGGCUGAAGAGGGGAUGUCAGAGAAAUCCCCUUGAUCAGUGCUUUGCCCCUGAACAGGUGUCAUCCUUGGAACAGCUGUGAGCCUGGACAUCCUCGCAUUCCCGUGUGUAGCUAGUGUCUAGAGUCUGCUUUGGUCGAUAGGAUGAAAAUGGUUUUGCAAAACUGUUGUAGGAAGCUGCCUUACAGUUAGUCUUGGUGGGGUCUGAAUCUCCCACCAACAACGUUCUAAAUCCUUGCAGGCAGGCUUCGCCACUUUAGAUGACGUGACUGAGGAACUCUUCCAUUUCGUUGAAGAGUAGGUGACAAAGGAAGUGUUUGCUAGCUCUCCGAUUGUGCUGACCUUUGUGAAAAACCCUCUUCUGUUUCCAAAUCUUUCCUUCAGUUUGUUCCAGCUGUUCUGCCAGAACUUGCUCUGUGCAACUGAAUCCCAGGUUCGGAGGCUGUCCUGGAUCGUGGGAUGUGCGCAUGUCACGAAAUCGUUUUCUCUGUAUUUAUGCACCAGGGUGGCGUCUGUGCAGUUGCAGGUUAGAGGACAUCUGUAGUUACCUAGCUGGAUGCGUGCAGUCAUGCCAUCUGAGGGCCUGAACUUGGUCCCGUUCUGCAUCCCCCUGUCUCCCUCACCAAAGAAGAAUACCCCUCUUAGCCAUGUUCUGAGCUGUGUUCUGAGCUCCGUGUACUGAAUGAUUGAGAACUGUGAUUAAUCCUUUGCUUUGGAUUUUGUAGACCCAACAUCAGACGUUCCUUUCUUCCUUCUGGAGGGCUCCCGAGGUCUUUCUCUCUUGCCGUUUCCACAUUUAGUGCUGGCUAACAGGGCUGAGUGAUGGCCUGAGCCAGAGUGACUGUGCAGGGACUUUAGAAAAACCCUUAAUCUUUCCUUUGCUAUUCCCAGACGUGCAGCUCCUCCGGUGCCUCUUCCCUGCAGGGCGGGGACCCUCGUGAAGGUGAGAAGGGGGCAGGCUGGCUGCGUGUCCCAGGUCUGCAGGGCUCAGGGUUCUGCUCCCGCUUGAAUUUGGAGGUGAAUCUGGUGACAAGGUUACGUCCCUGUGGACCGUCCUGACUCCUUACCCCCUCCCCUCUUUCUGAGAGGCAGAGAAAUAAUAUUUUUUAAAGGUAUUUUGUUUUAGUUUUAAAUAGCAAAACACAAGCUACAUUUUUAUUUAUUAUGCACAGGAAAGGUAAAUCUGUUUUUACAAAAAAUCUGGAGUUGGAAACUCUGGGAAAACCUAUUGAAAUAUAUGAAUGCUUCUCUCUCUGUAAUGUGCAAUAUGCUUUGCAACUAUAGAUGAUAUUUUACGUUUAAUCUGUAAAUAAGAAAUGUAUUUAAAUUAAAAGGGAGCUUUUUGUAAAAGGACCAAAUGUUCUUUUAUAAAUGUACUAAGGAAUAUCUUGCUUUUUGAAAUUUAUUAGGAUUUUUAUGAGUAAUUUUUAUUAAAAGAUUCUUUUUUUUGAGUUGU